CCGUCAUCAUUCCAGCACCGACGAAACAGACUCGACUCAGACAACCCAAAACGUUUGUGAGCGAAGGAAUAGUUGUACUGUAUAAAAUGGCCAAGUCCAAGACAAAGAGGAGCAAGAUCCCCAAUAACGCUACAAUUCGUCGAGAAGUUCGUCCGAUACUAACAUCGCGAAAUCAUCUCGAUCCACUAGUAGCGACGUCUCCGUCCUUAGGCAGCAAUUCUGUUUCUCCAUCCAGUGCAUGUACGAGUGGUAAUAGUGAAACAAUUAUUAAACCCUACACUCCCCUGUCUGCGGCUGGUCUGACGUUGGAUGGAACAACAACAACAACAACAAUACCACAGACUCCUCAUCAUCAGCAACCAGAAGAUCCACUGGCGAACCCCGCCCGAUUUGCCACUCAUCAUCACAACAACCAACAGAAGCGUGUGGAUGCACCUUCCUUUCAGAUUCACAUGACAACGGCACAAUUCAAACAGGCACUCGAUCGAUUUGGAACCGAAACAGAAGAAACAACAACAACACGCAGAAGAAAUUUCAUCACCAUGUCGUCACCACUACACCCAUCCACUCCUGCCUCUACUGCUAGUAGUAACUGCAGUGUCAUGACGGGUGCCGUGGCCUGUUUGUGCUCGGCGACACUGGGCGCUGGAAUACUGGCGUUGCCCUAUGCCAUGGCCGAAGCAGGACUCGUUUGUGGCAUGGGAUUGCUGCUUUUGAGUGCCAUGGCCACGGCAUUUUCCAUUCAAUUGCUCGUACAGGCCAUGCAAGUCGUUUACUAUCAUUCUCAUAACAACAUGACAACAAAAGAAAAAACCUACGAAGACCUUGUGGAAAUUUGUCUCGGAACCACUGCCCGACGAAUUGCCGAAGCUUCCAUGCUCCUGUUUUGUGGAGGAGGGGCCGUGUCCUAUGUGAUUGCCGUGGGAGAUAUCGUACAACAAUCGGGGCUCUUGGAGCAUUUGGCAUCCUCAUUGUCUCCAACGGCUGCCAGGGCCCUGGCCAUGACGGUCGUGUGGAUUCUCGCCAUGGUGCCUCUUUCCAUGCUCCGGACCAUGAAGAGCUUGGAAUGUACCAGCUCUAUUGGGAUUGCCAGUAUUGCCACGUUGGUUGUGGCGGCCCUCUAUCAUUACUUGGAACAUCAUACGCAACAACCACAAGAGCAACAACAACUACUAAACGAUGAUCAUCAAUCCAUUCUCGCGCCGACACAAGGAAUUCUUUCCGUCCUGCGAGCAUGUCCCAUUAUACUCUUUGCAUUCUCCUGUCAAGUCAAUGUUUGUGCCAUUUAUGAUGAAAUGAAAGGAGACAAUGACCACCCAGGAGAACAAGGACAUCAUCAUAAUCAGUCGACUCAUGAACUCACUCAACCACCACAAAUAAUCUGCAAUGACGAAGAAACACCCACCACCAGUUCGUCCAGCAGUGCAUCACCACAACAACCACAACAACAAUCCACCAAUGCUACUAAUUUUACAUCCAAGUAUCGUCGCAUGAUCCUCGUGACGUGGAUAGCAGUGGGCAUUUGCGCCCUCCUCUAUUCCUCCAUUUCCAUUAUUGCACUCUUGGAUUUUGGAUCCCAACACAUGACACCCAACAUUUUGUCAAGUUACAAUCCCGAAUCCAUCAUGCAAGUCGCAUUCAUUGGAAUGGCACUGGCAGUCGUAUUGGCGUAUCCCUUGAAUAUUUUCCCCGCAAGGGCCACCUUGUUGGGAAUGUGUCGAACAUCACAACAAGAAAACAACAUAGUCAUUGUGGAUGACAUGCCGGCGUCUCCCACGGCAUCUUUCAGCCAUAACAACAACAAUGCCUUGACCGAACCACUCUUGGCCAAUGACGACAACAAUAGCACGUCGGGUUCCUUCCAUAGUGCGGCGUCAGCACACCACGACGAAGCGGCGUCGGCACAACACGAUGAAGCGACACUGGCAACCUCCAAUGUGGCCAUGUCGCCGACCAGACACAACAAUCACUUUGAUAUUAUUACAGACGAAACUACUGCCGACGCUGGUUGGUUGGGGCAUGUAGCAGUGACACUGUUCUUGACGGGGGCAUCCCUGGGUCUUGCUAUUGUGGCACCCAACAUUUCCGUGGUAUUUGGACUGUUGGGAGGGACGUGCACCAGCGUCAUGGGAUUUAUUCUACCCGGAUUGUUGGGGUACAUGACGGCCAAUGACUUUUAUCAGGUGGACCAAAAUGAUAAUAAUAAUGAGGCAAACCGAGGCGCCGCGGCUCGGACACGAGUCCUGUCACUGCUCUUGGUCGUGGCCGGGGUCUUGAUUGGAAUCAUCACCACAGCUGUCACGGUCUACAGCACAUUCAUUGCAACUACUACUCAACCCCAACACAACAACAACUCAAUUUUGACUCUUGCUACACGUCACCAUAAUUCAUAAUCAAUAGGAACACUAGCUAGAUGUUUAUGAAACCUC